AUGUCGAGCACCAGGCACACCGGCAAAGCAGUUGCUCUCAGCGGGCACGCGAAUGGGAAUGGUAAUCCGGCCCCCCCCAGCACACCACAGCACGACACUGGCAACGGCAAUGGCAGCGGCAGUCACACCGGCAGCAGCGGCCGGUCACGACACCAACCCGAUAGCCCGCAAGCCCGGAUGCGCAUGUACAGGCUGAUGACGAUGCGGCUGGAGCAGGACCGCACGUCGUGGGGCCGCUGCUGCAAGUGCGAGAACGGCGGCAAAAUCAUGAGCUGGCCGCGCUGCAAAAUCUGCCGCCACCAUUGUUGUCAGAAGUGCGAUUACCACCUGGACCGCUCGGAGGUCGACACGGACGCGCCCCUCGACGGAGGCUCCACGGCGUGGGACCGGUUCGAGAAGAUGAACGAACUGUCCGGCGAGAUGUGUCUGGAGUUGGAAGCCCUCGAAUUUGUCGAGACCCUGACGGCUCAGCAACGCGACGGCGUGGCCAGAGGGUGGGAGAUCAUACGCUCGUUCAAUCAGUGGUUGGAAGACAUGGAGGAUGGCGAGAGUGAAGAGGAGAGACCGACCGAGGCGGCUUGA